UCAUUUUUCUCUUUAGCAAUGUCGAGCAAGGCAACAAUGGGCAAACGAUGGGCGCAGAGGAGGGUCCGCCCCGACGCAAGCAUGAUCCCCCCGUGCGCAUUUCACAAAGGAUGCCUCGCGCUGUCACGAAGCUGCGUUUGCAGCUCGACGUCGGGAUCGGCGCGUCGCUCGCUUACUCUGCGGUCAGCGAGAAGCGUGCUGGUCACGGCGUCCUGCCGAUCGAGGCCCGUGGUCAGGGCAACGUCUUAAUGUGCCGUUUGUGUUGUGAUGGAACUGCAUCCUGAGUUUUUUUUAGCCACAAAGUCGCUCAUUAGCGUCCGCAUUGUGGGUGUUUACACCUCCGAGCGCUUUCUCGCCGUGUGAAGACGGGAUGCGCUAGUUUGUUCCAGUGUGGUUUGGGAUGUGCGUUUGGAGACUCGCGUGCUUCGUGCCGUCGCCGCUGGCCUCUGCAUUCUGUGGGUGGCCAUUAGCGGAUGCUCUGCUGGCGCUGGUGCUGAUGCUGCAGCGGGUGCGAGUGUUGCUAGGCAGCGUUUAAUUGAAAGGAAGAACGGAUGGCGCUAAAAGCUAUAAAACCAUGUUGUGCGUUCGGGUUGAUAGGGCUGCACAUCUCACGGGCCUCGUCUCCUCUUCCUGCCCCAUUUGGCACCCUAGCGUUUGUGGGAGUUGGAUGGCAGAUUUGAGAGCUCUCAGCCACAGAAUGAUGUUGAUGAUGAUAAUAAGAAUAUUAUUAGAAAGUAGAGUCUGCUAUGAGGUGGGGUUAAGUUUAAGGAGAGAGGAAACAGCUUAAGUUUUUAGCAAAUAAAAAGCAAAGCAAAGGAAAAAAAUAGAGUAAAAAUAAGUAUUUUAUAUUUUCCCUGGUUGUUCACGCUAUAACUCUUUACAGUUCUACUAAUAAAUCCACUAAAAUGAAGUAGCUAAUAAAAAGGAAAACUCCCUCUUGACUGUAAUGAACUCCAUCACUCCAACUGCUUUGCCAUUUGUUCUGCAUCUUUAUAAUAUAGCUUUUUAGUGAAGUAAAUAUGCCACGGAAAUUUUGUGCUGCACUGUGAGCAAAACGUAUUUCACCUCAUGAUCAAUCAUGCACUGAAACAUUUUCAUGUAGUUCACAUUUCUGCAACACUAUGUAAUGUUUUAAGCCCAUUUGGUGGUAAAAAGUUAGAGCACAUAAAUCUACUUUAAUUCCAUCCGGUGUUGGGAACUUCUUUUUUUGCAUUGACUUACUGUAGGCAAUGAUGUUGACACGGCUAUCAAUAGUAAUCAUGGCAGGACAGCACCAGCUAACCGACUGGUUAGGCUGUUUACUUUAACAACAAAGACAUUAUAAGCUGCAGUGAUUUAAAAAUAAAAUGUAUGUGCUGUAGUUGGACAUUAUAAGUAUUUGCCAAACGUUUAAAAUGUUUUAUAAAGUUAAUCGUGACAUACAAGUGGAGCCAAAGAAAAUCAAUGCAGACCUACUUAGAUAAUUGUAGCCCCGUCUGCCUUGCUGCUGUUACAGGUCAGUGCUCAGUUCUCCUAAAAAUACUGAAUGUGAUUAGAUUUACACCAGUCAAUGCAGGCAUGUACUGCUGUGCAUUAUAAAUAUUUUAUAUUAAAAUAUUUUGUAGAUAUAACACUUUCAUUGUAAACAUGACGUAUAUUUACAUCAAUUUCUAUUCUGUUGUAGUGUUCCUAUUUUGUACAUUUCUAAUAAAUCAUUAUUAAUGUGUUAAGCUAUUUAAGACUGGUAUUAAACACUACUUAACAUGGCUCUGAAAUCUUAAACUUGUACAACUGCAGCAGAGGAGUGAAACUCAGAAGAGCGUCCCCAUUUGCCUCCUGAGCUUUUAUGAUGUUAUGUGAUUAUGCUGCAGAGCUAGUGCACCUGAUGGCAAGCCAGCAGCAGCGUCUCGUCUCCCCUAGUCAUUAGGACCCUCCCUGGAGAGAGUCUUUCUGUCUGCCGACUGCCAGCAGCUGAGGCCCCUCCACCCCAGAGACAAUAAUACACACUGUCAACCAUCAUCUAUUGUGUGAACAGACAGACUGCUGCUUUAAAUAAGCGACUUGUUGACAUUCAGACUUACAGUAUUUGCAUGGAGCUGCAAACGUAACAUGAACUUCAUCAACAACUAUAUGCAAAGACCGGCAUCUAUUUGACAAUAAACGCACCAUAAACUGUUGCGAUGCUUGUGCAUGUUUUGGCAGCUUCAUCACUGUUGCGCAGGCCCACUGACACAAGUGCAGUGUUAGACUAGAAACUCCAUUAACGGUUUAGUCAUCUGUCUGUGAGAUUUACUAAUUCUGUGGAUGUGAUGUAACUUUCUGUCUUUUUUUUUAAAUGCUUUUUCUGUAAAUGGUUUUCUACAGUUAACCAGCUUAGAAAUGACUGAGUCAGAAGCGCAAAAGGAGAGGAGGGUGUGGUUUAUGUGGGACUUAUCUUCUCCAUGCAGCCUAGUGUUUGUGUGUCUGUGUGUCAGGGUUAAGUAUGUUUUUUUCAGGGAGUGGCUGGUUCUUCUCUGAAAAUCCUUAUGGUAAUGCUUUAGCCUUUCUCCAAUUACUGAGACGUAUCACAAGCCGACUUCCUGUGGUGGUUGUGAUGCUGCUGCACGUGAGCUCUAACUGCUAAUACUGCAUUUCCUAUAGCUCUGCACUUUCACUGCUCGGUGCCCUGAGGAAUACAUCAUCCUUAUUGUGAGGGGAAUUGGCUUUCAGGUUAAUACAAGAUACAGAAAGAUUCAGUUGUACAAUUGAAGUAUCUCUCACCCAUCAUGGUGAGCAGCUCUUGAUUAUUAGAAUAAGUUUCACCCACACUUGGUUGCAAGGCACAACAGCAGAAGAUGAGCAAGUCUCCCACUCCCAAGGGCACCCCGGUGCAGCGCAGCCCCAGUGAUGGGCUCCCUGAGGGUCUCCAGUCUCCUCAGCAUUCCACACCCGGCUCCGGCACCCAGCAAUCAAAACGCAUCUCCAGCCUUCUCCAGAGCCCAUCAUUCAGAGAGGAGUUGGAUGUGCUGAUCCAGGAACAGAUGAAGAAGGGGGGCAGCUCCUCCAACCUGUGGGCACUGAGGCAGCUUGCUGAUUUCAUGGCUUCACAUGGCUCUCCAGCCUCGUUGCCGGUCUCCCCUUCCAAUAUGAUGAUGGUGACACCCAUCAACGACCUGCAUGGCUGGGAGCCCGGCAGCCUGGUGAAGGGAGAGAGGCUGAUGCGCUGCAAGCUGGCCAGCACCCAUCGCCUGUUCGACCUCUACGGUUGGGCCCAAAUCAGCCGCGCCUGCCUCACUCUGCGUGUCAGUAAAGAACAAGAGCAUUUCCUGGUGCUUCCAGACGGUCUGGCCUACAGUGAGGUGACUGGAUCCAGUCUGGUGAAGGUGAAUAUCCUGGGUGAGGUGGUGGAGAAGGGCAGCACCAGCCUGGGCGUGGACAAAGAGAAGUUCAGCCUCCACUCGGCCAUCUACUCGGCCCGACCCGAUGUCCGCUGCCUGCUUCACCUACACACGCCGGCGUCUGCUGCGGUUUCAGCUAUGAAGCGCGGCCUCCUGCCUUUGUCUCAUGAGGCUCUGCUGGUUGGAGACGUUGCAUACUAUGACUACAAUGGAGUUAUGGAGGAGGAGGAAGACAGAGUGGAGCUCCAGAAGAGCUUGGGACCCACCUGCAAGGUUCUUGUUCUGAGGAAUCAUGGCAUUGUAGCUCUGGGAGAAUCUGUGGAGGAGGCCUUUUACUCCAUCUAUCACAUCCAAGCUGCCUGCCAGAUCCAGGUUUCAGCUUUGUGCUGUGCAGGUGGAGAACAGAACCUGAUUCUACUGGACCGGACCACUCACAAACCCAACCCUGCCGGCACUGUGGGUUGGGCCGGCUCCACGUUUGGGCCCCUGCACAAGAGUCGCGUCGGGGAGCAUGAGUUUGAGGCCCUGAUGAGAACUCUGGAUAACCUGGGCUACCGUACCGGCUACGCCUACCGUUUCCCCGUGCUGCUGGAACGAUCACGGACACGAAGGGAGGUGGAAGUGCCUGCGACGGUCACGGCCUUCCACCAGUUCGACGACGACGGAGUCCACCCGGCCCUGAGGCAGCACCCUUUUGCCCAACGGCAGCAACAGGAGAGGACCCGAUGGCUCAACACCCCCAACACUUACCAAAAAGUGAGCCAGGAGCAAGCCAGCCCCGGACACCAGCGCACCACCUGGUUGAAGACAGAGGAGAUGACACAAGCUGGCAGCACUUCCAUCAAGAUAGAGAACCCCAACCAGUUCGUGCCUCUAUUCACCAACCCGCAAGAAGUGAUUGAAACCCGAAACAAGAUCCGACAGCAGAAUCGUCAGGACAUGAAGACAGCUGGACCGCAGUCUCAGGUUCUCGCCAGUGUCAUAACAGAGAACAGCCCUCCGUCUCCAGUAAGCCCACCCAAAGUCCCACCAGAGCCAGAACCUCCCAACCCCUUCAACCAGCUGACAGACCAGGAGCUGGAGGAGUACCGUAAGGAGGUGCAGAGGAAACAGGACGGCGGGACCAACGUAGGGGAGGAGGUGGCAAAUGACAAGGAGUCUCCCCCUGCUACCUCCCCCACAAAGGGCCCUCCCCUCACAGAAGAGACAAAGACCGACUCUCCAGCCAUACAGAACGGAGGCGAGGAGGAGAAGCAGACGACAGAAGAACUGGAGAAAGGCAUGAAGGCACUUUCAACCAAUGACACCUCUUCUGCUCCCACAUCUCUGCCUGCCAAACUACAAGGCGGCACCCCUGAGGGUUCGCCAUCCAAGUCCCCAUCAAAGAAGAAGAAGAAGUUCAAGCCGCCAUCGUUUCUGAAAAAGAGCAAGAAGCAGAAGGAGAAAGCAGAGACCUGAGGCAUUCAGACAAACCCGGCCUCGGUGAAAUGCUGCUGUGAAUCUUUUUAUUUGGUGUAUAAUGAAGUAGCGGAUGGAGUUAACCACAUCAGAUCUGUUCAAACUUUUGUCACUUAGGAUGUCAUUCACAUACACAGUUUGUCCUAUUGACUUUUCAGUGCUUUACUGUAACAGUGCUAGUCACUGAUUUGAUGUGUGUGGAGAAUCAUCUGAUGCUGGUUAAAAACACUGAGAAUUAUUACUUGCUUUUUGACCCAGAUCAGAUUCAACUCAACAAUCUGACACGCUACGCCUACACACACACACACACACACACACGCACACGCACACGC